CAAGUAUGAGGAGCUCAUGGCCCCUCACGGUCACUUGAGACAAAGAGCCACCUGUCCAGCUGCCUCUGCCACAUCCUCUCUGUCCCUCUAACUCCCAAACCAUAGCUCAACAUCUUUCUCGACCCGUCCACCCAGAUCCUGCCUUUCGAUUUGCUAGAGACUUGUCAAAAUGGAGGCCCCUCCUGUAACCGUGCUACCCGUCAUUGGUGGAACCAUCAAUAUGAUGGAAUAUAUUCUGCAAGGGAGCGUGUUGGACCAGAGUCUGGAAAGUCUCCUUCACCGACUACGUGGGCUUUGUGAUAAUAUGGAGCCAGAAACCUUUAUAGAUCAUGAGAUGGUUUUUCUGCUAAAAGCCCAGCAAGGAAGUCCGUUUAUUUUAAGGGCCCGACGUGCUGUGGACAAGCCUGGCAUGCCCUGGCAUCUCCGUUACCUCGGGCAGCCUGAAAUUGGAGAUAAGAACCGAUCCGCCCUGGUACGGAAUUGUGUGGACAUUGCUACUUCCGAUGGCCUAGCCGAGUUUCUGGUGGAGAUGGGUUUCCGAAUGGACCAUGAGUUUGUGGUAAAGGGACAUGUUUUCCGCAAAGGGAUUAUGAAGAUUGUGGUGUCCAAGAUCUUUCGGAUUCUGCUCCCUGGUAACAUUGAUAACAUUGAGCCGCUAUCAUUGUCGUACCUCGUAGAGCUGAAUAUGGUGGCACCUCCUGGCCAGGACGCAGUGUCAGAUGACAUGAAAAGUUUUUCAGAACAACUGAAGCCUUUAGUUCACCUCGAAAAAAUUGACCCUAAGAGAUUACAUCAAGUGUAGGGAAAAACCUGUGAUGUAUAUAUUUGC